CACUCCUGUUGUAAACAGAAACCCACGUCACAGCGCAUGAUAGCUAAUACCGCACGAGAAAGAGCGUUAAAUAUAUCUUGUCUACUGUAAGAUGCGUUAACAAGUUGUAUGAAGAGACCGUGAAGAACAGAUGGCAAACGGAUCAAUGGAAGUUGCAUAUACUUGCUCUGUUAUUCAAGGAAUUCCGUCAUCAAUCAGAAUCCAAAAACAAUGUUACCGAGUUCCAGCCAUUGAAAUUACACAUGUCUUUGAAGAGCAAAGUAUUUUUCAAACAAAAUCAAGAAAUGAGAAAACUGUAAAAACUGUAACGUUCAAAACGGAAAGCGAAGAAAAGACGUAUAAAAUGUCCAAGGCUUGCGCGCAGUGUAAUUCGAAUGCAAGGCAAAGGGUCCCGUGUGUUGAUAAUUGUAUUUCAUUAAUGCUACCACUUGAAGUUGAACUUAAUGUGCUUGGUGUCGUUGAUCAAGGAAUGAUAGACCGCGGGGAAAUGGCAAAGAUUCGUCGAGUUGGAAGCCGUAAGCGAAACAGCGCGCCUGAUAUUUCAUUUCAAACAUUGCCUGUUGAACCACAGAAAUCGCGGCCAAAGUCAUUCACAACCAGCUCUGAUCGUGGCCUGACAACGUUAUUAAACAGACCCCUGCAAUCAACAACAUUGUGUUCAACUGAACUUUAAAGAUAAAUCCUGGCAUCAUCAACCGUUAAGUCAAUGACAAUGAUUUAACACAAUUUGUGUAUAUAAUCUAUAUACUAGAACAAAAGCGUUAUCGCUAAAACGCGCUGUUAUAUAAACGCUACCGCGCAAACUUUGACAUUGCUAAUAAUAUUACUCCCAACCGAUAAUCUGUUAUUCUGUUUACUCUUUUGUAUAGAUGUGCUUAUUAGAUAAGAGCAAAGAUAACAUGCGCUGUGAAUAAAUGUAAUUACACACAACAAAUUAUAUGAAUAUAGAUUUAUACACCGAUUGUGAUGCGUUAAUAUAUGUGAGUUCCUACGACAAUUAAAGAAGGAACGGCGUUUCGCAAAUUUAAAAUAGGCAGUUGCCGGUUCAGUUCAGGUUUAAAAUUAAUCCACUCUCUGUCUUAUAUCAAAACGGGCGUUUGCUCUUCAUUAUGCACUUUGCAAAGAUUUCCUGUCAGUUCCUUUGAUCAGUGUGGGCUGUCAACUAGUUAGCCUACUAGUGAAACGUUUAACUGCCUAAAUGCCUGUACGGUCGCACUUUAUUAACUUGUCUGCGUGCAGGUGUCCGCGUUCAACGAAUGCAAUUUCGAUUUUCAACAGCCGCUAAAUCAAUUUCUCAUAAAAAAAGCGAGGCGCACAAAUUUCAAAUUUUCGAAAUUCUUCGCAUGAGAAUUUGCGUCACGGCGGUACCGAAACUGGUCCGUGAGUAGCUUAACAUAUCAUUUAUGUGAAAAUCCACAAAAUCUCUUUGGGGGAUGGGGAUGGGAGUGGAAAAAAAAACUGUGCGCCUGUUUUAAUAAGGUCAUGUGGUUUUGGGCCUGCUAUAUUGUUUCAUUCUGCAUGCAGAAUCCGUUUUGGAAUUAUUGGACCAUUUUUAGGAAUUAUUGGAGCAUUUUUAGCAAUUCUACUAUCAAAGCAGCGGUAAC